AUGUCUUCCCCUGACCGCAAUUCCGCCAGGCGCUCCAAGCCAUGUGGGCCGUGGGACAGCCGGCGAAAGGGGCAUCGAUGCCAGAACUGUCGAAGCUCUCGAUUGGGAUGCGAUGGAGGACGGCCUUGUUCACGUUGCCAGCUGCGCCUAUUACCAUGCCCUGAAACUAACGAGACUUCGGAAAGGGCAACGGUUGUUUUCUUGGGCCAUUCCAUAGGUCCUGUAAUCCCUGAGGCACAGGUUUCAUCCGACAGAGACGCCCCGUAUAUCGACUCAUUCUUUGCUUUCAUGGAGCUGAACUCUUCCCCGUUUACCGACCCCUUCUCGCGAUCCAGACUAGCACAUUUCUUGGACGAAUCACUCCCGGUUCUGCUUGUCGUUUUGUCUAUUGGACGAGCCAGACUACACUGUAUAGAAGCCACAUCAUAUGCUGAUCCUAUGAAGACAAUGUCUUGGGUUCCAGCGGCGCGAAAUAAGAUACGUCACAACUUGCAGACGAUAGCCGGUACUGUGAAUCCUUCCCCCGAGACGAAAUCUCUCAUCCUGGCGCUUACCAUGCUGAGCUGCAUUUUCGAACUCAUGAUUGACAGCUCCGGCUAUGGUGCCAUUCUGGUCUUAGAAUCGCUUCCAAUGCACGUCGUCCAAUCUCUCCAUAUUGGACCGCUUUUGUCACAGUUUGACAUCGGUCUAUUGGCCGGGUACCAAUAUAUUCAGGCAGCUGUCUGCCUCGUUUGCGAUCAGGACACCUUUCUCGCUGGCAUACAAUUCUGCGAGCCGGGUGCCAGGUCCGAGCUGAGUCAAAAUCUAGACACCACCGCUGCAUGCCGUUUGUCUCGGCUCCUAGUACUUCUCGCUAGAUGCAAUGCCCGCUCUAUUCAGUGGCUUGAACAAGCACGACGUGUUGCCCAGGCCGAGCCUACAGAUGUACCCAAACCUGCUUCUUUGCAGGAAAUCCUAGGCCCUUCAUUAUUGGAAUUCGGAAAUGCCGUAUUCGAAAACGCGAUCGAGGUACUUGAGCUGGCAGACAAUAUCCGUCCGAGCCCCAUUGUAGACCCCGUUGAUCCUCAGGGAUUCAGUUCGGCCCUUGCAGCCUUCUACCAUUGCGCUAUUAUUUCUGUUGCUCGACUCUUUACAGAUACUCUAUGGGGAGCUGUUGGAAAGACUCCAGCAGCAGACGAGAUGCCUCACCUAGAAUCUCAUGCACUGAUUGCUCUUGCCGUCAUAGAGCGGAAGCUAGUGUCUGUCGGUGCUGAAUCGGUUUUCUACUUGCCGUUGAUCACUACGAUAGCACUAGAGAUACGACAGAAAGAUGACAAACGACGAGUCAUGAAGAUUCUAAAUGAUGUUGCUCUAACGGGAUUUGUUGUAGCGAGAACAUACAAGUCUGAUAUGCAACUAGCAUGGGACUUAAUUAAGAAUUAG